CCAACAAGGAACAGAAAGCUCCGUGUCUGACAGUCAACCAAAAUAACCUGCUGUUCAUGUUUUAGCGUCAUUUUACUCGGUUUGUCUCAUCUUAAAAGGUUUUAAUUUGUGAAAAUGUUCAUCACGGACAUAAGAAAGGAGUUUUAUGAAGUUGUUGCCAACCAGAGAGUCGCCCUCCUGGUGGCGUCAGACAUCGACGCUCUGUGCGCCUGUAAAAUAAUACAGGCGCUGUUCCACUGUGAUCAGGUCCAGUACACACUUGUACCAGUCACAGGCUGGCAGGACCUCGGCACUGCCUUCCUUGAACACAAAGAGCAGUUCAGGUACUUUGUUCUCAUCAACUGUGGGGCAAAUGUCGACCUUCUUGAGAUGCUGCAGCCCGAUGAUGACUCCAUCUUCUUCAUCUGUGACACUCACCGGCCUGUAGAUGUGGUCAAUGUCUACAAUGACACCCAGAUAAAGCUACUAAUCAAACAGGAUGACGACCUUGGUGUGCCCUCGUAUGAUGAUAUCUUUCGAGAUGACGAGGAGGAAGGAGGUGACUCUGGAAAUGAGAGUGAUGAAGGUUCAGAGCCGUCUGGGAAACGGAGGAGAUUUGAUGAAGGUGCAGUUGAGAGGAGAAUUGAAAGACAGCGAGCUAAGAGGGAGUGGGAGGCACGAAGGAGGGAAAUCUUGUUUGACUAUGAGCAGUAUGAAUAUCACGGGACGUCUGCUGCGAUGAUGUUUUUUGAGCUGGCGUGGGUGUUGACUAAAGACACCAAGGACAUGCUCUGGUGGGCUGUCAUCGGGCUGACAGACCAGUGGGUUCAUGAUAAAAUCACACAUAUGAAAUAUGUAACUGACAUCGCCACAAUGCAGAGACAUGUUUCCCGGCAUAACCACCGAAACGAGGACGAAGAGAACUCUCUCUCCAUCGACUGUAUGAGGAUCUGCUUUGAAUACGACCUCCGUCUAACCCUCUACCAGCACUGGUCCCUGUAUGAGAGCAUCUGUAAUUCCUGUUACACCUCAUGCCACUUCAAGCUUUGGACAUUAAAUGGUCAAAAGAAGCUCCAGGAGUUUUUAGCUGAUAUGGGUCUCCCUCUGAAGCAAGUGAGGCAGAAGUUCAACUCCAUGGACAUGUCGAUCAAAGAAAACCUAAGGGAGGUCAUUGAGGAGUCUUCCAAUAAAUAUGGUAUGAAGGACAUCCGCAUCCAGACAUUUGGUGUUCACUUCGGCUUUAAGAACCGCUUCUUGGCCGGUGACAUGGUUCAUGCUACCACUGCGCUGCUGGAGAGCACUGAGAAAGAUGAGAGCGACAGUGACAACUUUAUCAAGGCUCUGGACUCUCUGUCCAGGAGUAACCUCGAUCGUCUACAUUCAGGCAUUGACCUGGCUAAGAAGAAGCUGAUGGCCAUCCAGCAGACCGUCGCCAGCUGCAUCUGCACCAACCUCAUCCUGUCACAGGGACCCUUCCUCUACUGCUACCUCAUGGAGGGAACACCUGACGUGAAGCUCUUUUCUAAGCCCAUGGCCUUGACUCUGCUCUGCAAGUACCUCCUGAAGGCUUUUGUCCACUCUACGAGGAAUAAGCGCUGCAAACUGCUCCCGCUCAUCAUGGCUGCUCCCAAGGAUGUGGAGAAGGGAACUGUCAUUGUUGUGGGAAUCCCACCCGAGUCUGAAACAUCUGACAAGAAGAAUUUCUUUGGUCGAGCAUUUGAGAAAGCUGCAGAGAGCACCAGCUCCAGAACUCUUCAUGACAACUUUGACACUUCAAUAAUUGAACUGAAGACGGAGGACAGGAGCAAGUUUCUGGAUGCACUCAUCACCCUGCUGUCAUGAGAGGGAACGUGAGCAUGAGCUUUGAGUCUUGAACAGUUUUAAGUGCUGCUUCUGUUCCUUUCUGUGUGUCAGACAUGUACAGUGUCACCAGUACAAGAACUUUAUCCAUGAGUUUUAAGGUUUUUAUCAGUUUUGUGUGUAUAUUGUACAGUCUUUUUGUAAAUGUGUGGAAGUCUUAAUUUUGCUUUUAAAUUUUUGUGACAUUUGUCUUUUAUUCCUGUCUGUGUAUGUGAGGGGUUCAUCACAUUUUUAACAUGUUUAAUAAAUCAUAGUAAGUUA